AUGGGAAUUUACUGGCGCCAGCCGCAUCAGUCUGCGCCAUAUCUCGUUAAUGAACGCACGGAUCAGGAGUUACAUAUCCAGCCUACGAACGGCAUCAGCUGCGUCAACAGGAAAGGACAGAGAAACAACCGACUGAAGGAUUGUAUAGCCUAUACCAGAACUUCUACAUCUUCGGCGCAGGACCUUUACAUUUCUACUACACUAUCCCACUUCCAUUUGGAGCACCCCGACUCACACCACCACAGUCUGGGCCACAACUACAUGGAGCCCAUGACGCCGCUCCUGCCCCAGGACGAAGUGGACAUGUUCCUUAACCACUUGGAUUCUCCAGGGAAUCCUUACUAUUCCAACUCCAGGGCUAGAGCCUACAGCCAGGCACAUGCACGGCUCGCUGGUAACCAGGUCUGCCGGCCGCACCUCAUCCACAGCCCCGGACUUCCCUGGUUGGACCCCGGGAAAGCUGCUCUGUCUGCGGCACACCACCACAACGCAUGGGCUGUCGGUCACUUCAAAUCCGGCCUGCACCCGCCCAGCUCUGGCUAUCCGUGCAGCAGCAGUGCAGGGACAGCGCCAGUGUCGUCUCUUACACCAGCAUCCCACUCUAGUCCGCACCUCUACAGCUUCCCUCCCACUCCACCAAAGGACGUGUCUCCGGACCCUGGACCCACGUCCCCUACGUCUACACGCAUGGAUGAGAAGGACUCAAUCAAAUACCAAGUACAACUUGGCGAUGGCAUGAAGAUGGAGAGCUGUAGCCCGCUGCGGAGUGGCCUAGGGCCCAUGAACAGCCAGACUACGGCCACUCACCACCCUAUCCCCACGUAUCCUUACACCCUGCCCAGCCACGAGUACAGCGGCAGCCUGUUCCACCACAGCGGCCUGCUCGGCGCGUCCUCCUCCAGCUUCACACCGAAGUGCAAAAGCAAAGCGCGGUCAAGCUCAGAGGGCCGUGAGUGUGUGAACUGUGGCGCCACCUCGACUCCCUUGUGGCGGCGAGACGGUACGGGCCACUACCUGUGCAACGCCUGUGGGCUGUACCACAAGAUGAACGGCCAAAACAGACCACUCAUAAAGCCCAAGCGAAGACUGUCCGCUGCAAGACGCGCGGGCACCUGCUGCGCGAACUGCCAGACCACCACCACCACGCUCUGGAGGCGCAACGGCAACGGAGACCCGGUGUGCAACGCCUGCGGUCUUUACUACAAGCUGCACAAUGUCAACAGGCCCCUGACCAUGAAGAAGGAAGGCAUCCAAACACGCAACCGUAAGAUGUCAAGCAAGUCCAAGAGAAACAAGCGGACGGGGGAUAGUUUCGACGAGUUGUCCAAGUGCAUGCAAGACAAAGCGUCUCAUUUUGGAGCUGCCCCCGGCCUUACGAGCCACAUGACCCAUAUGGGACACCUGCCCCCCUUCAGCCACUCCGGACACAUGCUGCCCACACCCACGCCCAUUCACCCUUCAUUCGGUCACCCCCACCACUCAAACCGCUCGCCAUUGGUGCUCGGUGACUGGCCGAGUGCUGCCGUCGGCUGCUUGGCCGGACUCCCAGGGCCUGAGAGGAGAGACGCAGAGAGCCAGCACUCUACAGUGGGGCCCUCCACAGGGAACGAGCAGCUCCUCUAA